GUGGAUUGUUGCAAUAAUAAUAAAAUUAAAAACACCGUCAUGUAGAAACACCGAUUUCACUGGUGUUGCAAGAUUUUUUUGAGGGAAUUUGACAUUUAGAAAGCAGAAUUAAGUUUUUGCAGUGAUAUUUUGUUAUUGUUUAUUAAAUUUUCUUUAUAAUUGCUGAAUAUCUGGAAGUUUACUACGCCGUGCUAGUUCUCGAGUUGCUCUAUCAGUACCUAACCAAAAUGUCCAUGUAUGAAUGUUUACCGAAAUUUGUGUGUAUGAGAGAGGUUGAAGAAUCAUGUCCGACGAGGAACAGGUGGUCUCAGAGACACAGGUGCUCACGGCAGAGUUUAAAGAUGGUCAACUUGAAAUCGUGGAGGUGUCGCCAUUUGACAAUAAUGAGACUAACACAGUGGAAACUAUCCUCCCCGACGUGGCAAUGUCGGAGAGCAGUGAAGACCAGGAGCCUAAAUACCAGAUCCUCACGGACUCCUCCAGGGGUCUGAUGCACUUGGAUCUCUUAAACCUGACCCUUGUCAAAUGUGGCGACGGUGAGGAAUCAUACCGUCUAAUGACCAAUCAGGAAGCGGAAGGGGAGUUGGGCGAGACGGUCACCUGCGUCUUGCAGUCCAGUGAUGGCGAAGGCGAAGACGCGCAGAACGCCUACGUUGGCAAGAAGCAAGUUUACUUAACCAGAGAAGAUCACGAUGAAUACGUCAUGGUUAACGGGGAAGACGGGCCGGUCGUCAUUCUAAAAUCAUCACUAGAAGGAGUUGAAGAAACUGAGACGCCACUGGCGAAGACUGAGAAACCAGUUAAGAAACCACUCACAGCUGUCGAGUUACUAGAAAAAGCGAAAGCCCUACAAAAGGCCAAGGCACAAAUGCAGACCCAAAAACGGGGUCGCAAGCGUCGGGGCACCCUCCCCUCGCCGCACGAGCUUCUAUCGUCGCCUAAUUUUAAGUUGUUCCUGUACUCCUGCAAGCUGUGUGCUUUCAAGUGUAAUGCCAUCAAGGAGCUGACAGCGCAUAAGGCGGCGGAGCACGGGCCGGGGGGCAGCCGGCUGAAGGGCGCGCGCGCGGCCGCCACCACGCUGCAGUGCGCGCGCUGCCCCUUCCGCGGCGGCUCGCACUCGCAGUUAAUGAAACACGUGCAGGAGCAACAUUUAAAAGACACGAAUGCGGAAGUUUACCUUAAUUCAGCGGAAGCGGAAGCAGCGGAUGUCCUGGUGUGUGGCGCGUGCGGGUUCGAGUCCGCGUCGAGGCCUGAAUUCCGGCGCCAUAUUGAAGACAAACAUAAUGUCAACGUCAGUUGAGACAACUAAUGUUAUGUUAAUUUUAUCAAGCGUUUUAUCAACGUCAAGUAGGAUUUUGAGUCUUAGGACCGUGAUAUAUGGUUCGAUUUUGAUUGAACUUAUUCCUAUCCGAGAACAUUUUUAAUGUAUAUUCGAUAGACGUAUUAAAGCAUCCCUUUUUGUAUCAGCAGUUGAGAAAAGAGCCUAAAGAUCAUGAUAGAUCUACAUUACUACGAAUGUUUCAUAUAGCCCAAUAGUAGUCCAGAUUAAAAAAAUAUAUUUUUUUCUUCACUCAGUGUGAGGUUCACAUCAUUUAGCAUCACGUCAACGGCAGAAGAAAAUACUUGUCCUAUUUUCUAAAUUUAUUUCCUUACGUCAAAUGAAAGUGACGCAAUCAAAUCAAAUAUGUGCCAUUCUCAAUCAAAAGGGUACUUAUUUUCGGUUGUCAAUAAGGCGCUAUUUCCAUAUAGCUUUAAUUUGAAAUCAACCUUUUCGACAAGCGACAAUGUGGUACCUUUUGGUUGAAAACGUCACAUAUAAUUUUAUAUUUAUUAGCAGGCAAGCCCAUCACGAAGUGAAUGAGGGCUAUCGUUUUUUUGCUCACCAGUUGGCGCCUCUGUUGAUGGUGGUCCAAAAGACUAAAGAACAGCUGUCAGUCAUUGAAGUGACAUUUCGAACUAUGGAAAAGACAAAAGACCACCAUCUACACUAGCGCCCCUAGCGGCGAAUUCAUACGCGUUAGCCCUCAUUGAGGUUACAAUGUAUCAGAUGUAUUGCGAAAUAUAAAAUUUCGUUAUUUGGGUCAAAAUUAUUUUCGUUGUCCUGUUUCUUGUCCCCAAAAAAUGUGACGGAGUGGAGUUUCUUGUAUGGGGUGAAAUUUAGUUUUUAAUUUUUUUCUAGAGAGAUCAUCUACAGCUAGAAAGGCAUGCAAUAGCAUUUUGCUUUUUUAGGGUUCCGUACCCAAAGGGUAAAAACGGGACCCUAUUACUAAGACUCCGCUGUCCGUCUGUCUGUCACCAGGCUGUAUCUCAUGAACCGUGAUAGCUAGACAGUCGAAAUUUUCACAGAUGAUGUAUUUCUGUUGCCGCUAUAACAACAAAUACUAAAAACAGAAUAAUAUAAAUAUUUAAAUUAAAUGGGGCUCCCAUACAACAAACGUGAUUUUUUUGCUGUUUUUUUCCGUAAUGGUACGGAACCCUUCGUGCGCGAGUCCGACUCGCACUUAGCCGGUUUUUAAUUUUUCUGAAGAGAAUUAUCAUCUACAGUUAGAAAGACAUGCAAUAGCAUUUUACUUUUUUAUUUAUUUGAUAAAAGAUAAAUAGAAGCGUGACAGAGUGGUCAGAAACAAGACAACGUAAAGAAUUUUGACCCAUCUGCCUCUUUAUCGCCCCUGCAUAUUUUAGCGAUUUUGGUUUUUAGCGGUAGGGCCUUUGAUCCCUUACUAGGCCUGCAAUACAAGUUGAUGGCUGUAUCGUUUUAGGCAAAGUAUUUUAAUUAGGAAAAUAAAUUAUACAAAUAUUUUUGAUUUUUAUUCAA